UUUCUUCUUUUAUAUAACCUCGCAUCGUUCUUUUUAAUCGGCACCCUGAUUCAAAGCUGGUGGGUGAAAAGUAAAGAGGUUUACCAACGAUGAGUAGUAGAGAUAACCCAAACAGGAAUCGGAUUUUUGUUGGACGUUUAAAUCCUGAAGCCAGAGUUAGAGAUCUUGAAAAUUUUUUCAAAGAUAAUGGGUUUUCUCGUCUGAAAGACGUAAAUAUUAAACUGGGAUAUGCAUUUGUCGAGUUUGAAGAUAAAAGAGAUGCAGAUGAUGCAGUUUAUGAAUUAGACAGAAAAGAGUUUUUUGGUUCAAGACUUACUGUUGAACAUGCAAAGCAUGGUCCAAGAGCUGAUAUGGAUAAGCGUGAUGGUGACAGACGAAAAGGACAUGAAAAUGACAGGGGCAGAGGGAGACCAUACAAUACAGAAUGGAGAUUAAUUGUUACCAACUUGUCAUCUAGAGUAGGAUGGAUGGAUUUAAAAGACUAUUUUCGAUCUGCUGGGGAAGUAACUUUCACUAAAGCAAAUAAAGAAAGAGUUGGAGAAGGGGUUGUUGAGUUUCGUUCAUAUAGAGAAAUGAAAAGAGCUCUUAAGAAAUUUGAUGGCUCUGAGUUUUUUGAUCGCCGAAUUAAACUUAUUGAUGAUUCUCCUGGUCCUCCAAGAGAUUACUCUGGUUCUCGAAGUCGAAGCAGAAGUCGUCAUCGUUCUCGUUCUAAAAGCAAAAGCAGUCGAAGUCGCUCCCCAAAAAAACGUUCAGUCAGCCCAAAGCAAUCUAGGAGUCGAAGUAGGUCACGUAGUCGGAGUAGAUCACGAAAGGUUCGAUCAAGAUCUAGAGAUCGCGUAACCCGAUCUAAAUCAAGUGAUAAAGCUUUAAAUGGAGAUGAUUAAUAAUUUUUUUGCUUUUAUGCUUAUUUCUGUAAAUAAAUAACAAACAUGUUACCUCAAAAACAAAAAAAACUUUUAUAAAUA